UUUAUUUAUUGCAUUUGGGAUUAUUUUCCGUAGUCUUUCAAGCUGCUAAUCUGAGGAGCUUUGAGCUACUUAGUUUGUUUAGUUAGCGUUAGCUUUCUGUAGUCAGACACGCUAUUUUAUUUCCUAUCUGUAUUCCGACAAAUCUUACUUCCUGGAACAGGACCUGGUGGGCGUAACCGUGCCUUUCUGAGAUAUGAUUGGCUAGUUUUCGUUGGAGCGCUUGUUAGUGUGGACUGCUAGCCAAUCGUAAUGCAGCGGGCGGGGUUUUCGGAAUACAAGUGGGGAAUAUAAGAUUGGGCACAUCUAUAUCAGUGGGUUUGAUACAGCGGGAAGUGAAAGAGGGAACGGCCCCCUCUGUGAGCAUGGCCUCGGAGCUCCAUGACGCCAUCUUUGUAGCCAAACAGGAGCGUCACAAGAACCUUUUCCUCAACUACAGGAACCUGAACAUCUUUCCUGUUGAGCUCUUAAAAGAUGAAGGCCUGCAGUUCCUGGAAAGACUCUACAUGAAAAGAAACUCACUCACGACUCUGCCUGAUAAUCUAGCACAGAAACUCCCCAACCUGAUCGAACUGUAUCUCCACUCAAACAACAUUGCCUUCAUUCCGCAAGCUAUUGGGAACUUGGCGAGGCUGCAGUCGCUGGAUCUGAGUGAUAAUGCCCUGCAGGUGAUCUGCCCCGAGAUCGGUCGCCUGCGCUCGUUACGCCACUUACGACUGUCCAACAACCAGCUGAAAUGCCUUCCACAAGAGCUGGGGUAUUUGAAGGAGCUGGAGACUCUGGACGUGUCCAUGAAUCUGUUAAGGACUCUCCCGGAGCAGCUGCACCAGUGUGUGUCUCUGCAGUGUCUGACCGCUGACCGGAACCUCCUGCAGUGCCUCCCGCGUCAGCUGUGUCAGCUACCAGACCUCAACGAGCUCUCCGUGGCUGCAAACUGCCUCAGAUCACUGCCUCUGGAUCUUGGACGAUCCAUGGAGCUGCAGUUUGUCUUCGUGGACAACAAUGUUCACCUCAAGGGCCUGCCAUCUUACCUGUAUAACAAGGUCAUCGGCUGCAACGGGUGUGGAGUUACUCCACACGUCUCUGACGUGACACAGCUGUCACUGACCAUCGGGGAUAUGAACGUGCCUCUUCCCUCUGAAGUGAAGGCUAUUGGCACUGAGGCUGACCGAGUGCUGACAUUAGAAGAGAUGGCAAUGAGAGCACUGCAUGUAGCAUACAGCAGGAACACGAAGGACUCUGCGUUCUUGCCAACGUUCCUGCUGCCCACCAGCCUGUUCGAGCUGUUCCUGUGUCCGCUGGGUCACUGCCAUCGCUGCAGUCAGCUCAUGUUCACCAUCGUCUACCCCAAACUCUUCCGCCUCAGAGACACCGCACUGGCUGGUGUGCACAGGAGAACGACGGUGAGUUUUGUAGCAUACUGCUGCUCCAGCCAGUGUUUGCAGAUGUUUGACCUGCAGAGUUGAUAUCACCAUCUCAUCCAUCACGGGGCUGUCGUCGGGAGGUGCCGCGAGAAUGUUGUGACCUUGAUCUUGAACUACAGAUUAACAGUGGACCCCUUGGACUUGCUGACAUCCAAAGCAGUAAAAGUUUUAGCACCCCAUGCAAAGUUUGUACUUAUGAGCUCCUUUCAGUAGUCAGCAUUGGCACUUUCUCUCAAAAUAAGAAUAGUUACAUUUUAUGAAGUGUUUUUUUUUUUUUUUUUAACUGAUUGUAACAGAAGCUCUUGAGUACCUUUCACCCAGAUGAGAAGUAUUUUUGAAUUCAGACAAAAUCCCUACUUGAUGGAAGUGUCCUGGCGAUUUUCUGAACUGUAUUAUUAUUCAAGUAUUUAUUCUUAUAAGGAUUGACCUCCAUUUUGGAGAUUUUCUGUUUGAAGUGUUUGGACUGUGACUUUUAUGACUGUUCUAGACCCAAUGAAGCACUACAGAAUGCUCGAAACGGAUCGUGUACAUGCUAUUAGAGGGAUGCUGAAAAAUCAAUUUAACACAAUUUCAUCCAUACCCCAAUGAUCAACCAAGAUGUUUGGUGUCUGAUGUUUUGCCCUGGCUAAUGGUGCUAAUAAGUAAUCUAAAGGUGAGCUGUAGCUCCAAUUAAUUCUAAAGAAGCAAAUGACAGACACCAAAAACCUUGACUGAGCGUGUAAAUUGGAUUCCCCCCCCCCCCCCCCCAAACCACCGAUGUCCUUUAAUAAAUACAUUAUUUGUGGCCAUAACCACAAUCUGCAUCCAAAGCCAUUCAGGAUUUUGUGUGGCUUGUCACUGAUUUUUCCAACUAAGCCUUUCCACAUGUACAUCUAACUGAAAUGAAAUGACAUUCGUCGUUAUUUAUAAAUGAAACACCGUGUUUCCAUUCAUGUCUAGUUACCUGGAGACUUAGAAACAUUAAGUAAAUAAACUUCACUGUUCAAGAACUUUUGAAUAUUGAAGUGUUUUAAAUGGUACACUAUUUAUUGAGUUCAUUCAAUGCAUUAGACCGUUGUAACAUCAUAACGUUGAAAGUUGCAUUUGGCUCCAGAUUUCUGUAACUGCAAUUUAAUCUGCUCAAUACAUUCAUAUGUGAUUCUGUAGAGGCUUGCUCUUUCCCAACAGGAAUUUUAUUGAAAGAAUUAAGUAAUGUGUGGACAUGUUGAUGACUUGUAUUCCCUACUGGUACAAAAUGAACCGUUGUAUGGAAUAACUUGCAUGGUGUUGUCUUGCCCUGUAACACACCUGUCGUAAAUUCAUGAAGAACUUGUAAAUCAGCUGACGAGUUACGGCUGAUGUGUUAGAAGGGAAAACACCAGGACCAAGGUUAUGAAACUUUUAGUUUCUUUAUUAUUCUGUAGAACAGAAAAAGUCACUAAGUAAAAGUUUUAUAUUAUGUGGACUGAUGUGGAACCUCAAAAGGACAGUUCAUAGGGUGUGUGUGUGUGUGUGUGUGUGUGUGUGUGUGUGUGGUUGCCUUUGAUGGGUUGGUGCCCCAUCCGGGAUGUAUUCCCAUCAAGCGUUCUGGGGUAGGCUCCGGGUUCCACUGCAAUCCUGACUAGGAUAAAGCUCCUACUGAAGAAACCAGAAUAAAGAACUGAACUUAAAUAGUUUAAUGGAAUAUCACAUUUGCAAAGAUAUCACUUAGCCUCUCUGCAUGGUGGCGCAGCAGGUAGUGUUGCUGUCUCACAGCUCCAGGUUAACCAGUUUGAUCCUGAGCUCAGGUUACUGUCUAUGUGGAGUUUUGUAUGUUCUCUGCAUGUCGACAUGGUUUCACUCUGGGUUCUGCAGUUUCCUUCCACAUCCCAAAUCAUCCAGGUAGGUGGAUUUGUGUGUGUGUGUGUGUGUGUGUGUGUGUGUGUGUGUGUGUGUGUGUGUGUGGUGCACUGCUAUCCUAUUCAGAAUGUAUUCAGGCCUUGUGCCCAGUGUUCUCGGGAUAGGUGUGAGAUCCACCACCACCCUGACCAAGAUGAAUCAGAAUGAAUGAAGCACUUAGCUUGUAUAUAGUCGAUCAGCUGAGGCAGGUUUUGUAUUCAGUGUCUGGGGUUGUUCGGAAACUGGCCGAAUUUGAUUUCCCCCUGAACAUUCAUUUAAACUUCCCAAAUAAAUCAAUUAUCCAGGUCACAUUUCAAGCCUGAGACAACUGUAUUAAAUGAAAUGAUCAACUAUUAAAUCCACUGAAAGAUUUUACUUCUUCAAAUGUAAAAUAGAUGAGGAAAUGUAAGAUGAUAUAAAGUAGAGGUUUUCAAAAAUGUUAUCCCUGAAACUGUAAAACAAAUUCCUCAGUCCUGUUCAGCACAGAAUCACUACCUCAAUC